CUGAUAGUAGAAUAUAAGAGAAGAUUCAGCUAAAAGAAAAACACCAAAAAAAUUGUUGCAUAUCAUAAUCCCAUUCACUUCAUUAUGCCCAAAAUCAUGAUUCUUGGUUUCAUCACCCGCAUGCUCUCUUCUCAAACCUCACACUCUACAUUCUCACUCUAACUCUCACACACACACACACCUAUAAAUACCAACUACACCCCCCAACCUUUCUCUCACCUCUACUUCAACACUAAAACCAAAUCUAUCUAUCUCUCCCUCUCUCACUUGUUCCCAAAAUGGAAUUUUCUGGUUUUGAAGGCUUUGAAAAAAGAUUAGAACUUCAUUUCUUUGGUGAUGAUCCAAAUCCAACCAUUAAUCACCAACUAGGCCUAAGAAAACUUGAGUUUGAAUCCAUUCAACAAAUCCUACAAGCUGUUCAAUGCACAGUUGUUUCAGCAGUUGGAAACUCUUACUUUGAUGCCUAUGUUUUAUCAGAAUCAAGUCUCUUUGUAUAUCCAACAAAGAUCAUAAUCAAAACUUGUGGAACUACACAACUUCUCAAAUCCAUCAUUCCCUUAAUCUACUUUGCAAACACUCACCUUAACUUUACACUCUCCUCAGUUUCUUACACAAGAGGUAGCUUCAUCUUCCCAAAUUCACAACCUUUCCCUCACACUUCCUUCAAUGAAGAAGUUUCUUACUUAGAAAACACUAUCCCUUCAAAUCUUUGCUUCAGAAAAGCUUCCAUCAUGCCUUCAAAAUCUUCAUCUCAUUCAUGGCAUGUUUUCACUGCAACCCAAAACCCUCAUCAUCACAUACCUUAUGAACAAUACACAAUGGAGAUUUGCAUGACAGAGCUUGAUCCUAUUCUUGCCGGAAAAUUCUUCAGGCGACCCGACGAGGAGAAAUCCGGCAACUCUUCCGGAAAUCAAAUGACAGAACUUACUGGUAUAAAUGAAAUCAACAAAGAAGCAUUCAUUUGUGAUUUUGCAUUUGAUCCUUGUGGCUAUUCAAUGAAUGGAAUGGAUGGAGAAUGCUAUUCUACCAUUCAUGUGACUCCGGAAGAUGGUUAUAGCUAUGCAAGCUUUGAAUGUGUGGGGUCCAUAAGCGACAAUGAUGACAACAUUGUUCAUAUGUUGAGGAAGGUUGUUCAGAUUUUCCGACCAGGGACAAUGUCGGUGUCGAUAACGACAUGUAGUGAGUAUAACAAUGAGGUUUGGAGAAAGGUUACUGGUGCAUUGGAGCCUCUUGGGUUGAAAUGUAGGAGUUGUGCUAUGGAUCAGUUUCCUGCAAUAGGUAGUGUUGUGUUUCAAACGUUUACCCCACGUCGUCGGAAAAAUGCUUCAAAGUAGUCAAUGCAUGAAAAUCUCGAUCAUCUGAUUUUGAUCAAGAUUUACAACGUAUCUUUUUAUUUAUCAAGCUUUAAAUUUGGACCGUCUUGAUUUGUAUAAGUGCAAGAUUCUCCGAUGUUAGGGAAUCAAUGUCAAAAAUUUGAGAGCAUAAGCUAACAAGAGUGACUUAGAAUUUAGUUGAAAUAUUUCAGGGGUGGUGACAUAGCACAAUGUGGUUGGUUCCUAUGUAUGAUGAAUAUUGUUGGGUUGACUUGUUUAGAAAGUUAGGGCAACUUGUGUGGAACAAGUUAAGUGUUUCACAUAUUUGACUAUUUGAGUUCUCUAAUUUCGUUAAGAGGUAUAUAUAAUAACAAAUUAUUAUUUAUA